AUGUACAAAACGACACCAGAUGUCGUGUUUGUUUUUGGCUUCAAAAUAACAUUUGGCAUAAAAUCGAAUAUGAAUUUCAAAAAGAAAGCUGAACUGAUGGUAAUUCUCAUAAAUAUUCUAAGCUCUGCAUUCUGUGGAUAUUUAGAUAAAAUUGAAUUGGGUGCUGUCAGUCUUGCCAUAGCAAUAAUUAGUGUAUUAGGUACCUCCGUAGGUAUUGGCCUGUGUAUGACAUGUGACACCUUCAUAUCUCAGGUUUACGGCAGUAAGAACCUGAAGCGAAUCGGAGUGAUUCUCCAACGAGGGAUUCUCAUUCUCCUGAUCGCCUGCUUUCCCUGCUGGGCUUUCUUCAUAAACACUAAACACAUUUUAUUGGCUUUCAAACAGUCUCCUCAAGUGGCCAACUUAGCUCAACUCUACGUGCUGAUCAGUAGUUCUGGCCUUCCUGCAUUACUUCUUUAUCAGUUGGAGCUCAGAUAUCUUCACAAUCAGGGGAUCACCAUACGUCAGCUUUUUGUUGGUUUCAUCACCAACGUCUUCAAUGUUGUCAUCAAAUACACUUUCAUCUAUGUGCUAAUGUUGGGAGUGCCGGGCUUGGCUGUUGCCAAUAUUACUUCUCAAUACCGUCAAACUAUUCUCCUGUUUGGAUACAUUCGAUGGAAAAAGUUGCAUGUUCAGACCUGGGCAGGUUGGUCCAUUGACUGCCUGCAGGAAUGGGGUAACUUUCUACGCCUGGCAAUUCCCAGUAUGCUGAUGAUUUGUAGUGAAUGGUGGGCAUAUGAUAUUGGAACAUUCCUUGCAGGAUUAAUCAACGAAGUAGAACUCGGAGCACAGACUAUUGUUUUACAGGUUAUAUUCAUACUGUACAGGAUCCCUCUGGGAUUUGGGAUGGUGACAACUGUUUAUGUGGGGAAUGCGCUGGGUGCUGGUAACCCACAGCAGGCUGUCAACUCUGCUAAAGUCGCUGCAUGCUGCGCUGGUUUCACCACCUUCAUAAUUGCAGUCGUUCUCGGAGCAAUAAAGAACAAGCUGGCCUAUAUCUUUACGAACGACAAAGAUAUUGCCUAUCUAGUGUCAGAAAUAGUUCCACUAUGUGCUGCUUUCUAUCUGUUUGAAGCCAUUGUGAGUGUAUGUUUUGGAAUAUUAAGAGGAGCUGGGAAGCAAAAACUAGGAGCUAUCAGCAAUCUGGUUGGCUACUACCUAAUUGGGCUCCCAAUCGGAAUCUCUCUGAUGUUUGCUGCAAAAUGUGGCAUAUCUGGUCUGUGGUAUGGAAUGCUCGCUUCUGUGAUUGGACAAUUAGUUUUCUUCCUGAUAGUGUUUUACAGAUUCAACUGGAAUGAAGCAUGCAGCGAGGCUCUGGUUAAUGCGGGUGUGAUGAAAAAUGUGGACACCUCUCACAGUGCCUCUGGUUGUCAAACCCAGUACAGGUCAACAGAUGUGGACACAGAAAACAGGGCAGUGAAUCCAAUUCCUGAUGUUUAUCAAUCGGAAAUACAGACAGAGGAGGACCGGGUGACAGUUACAUCUUCCAUUGUGGACACUGGAGUUACCACAGUCGGAGAAAUCCUGUCCACAAAACAACUGAUCAUUCGCCGUGGCCUAGCCUUCCUUUCAGGCCCCUUGAUCCUGGCCAUUGGACUGACCAUACACUUAAUUCUCUCAAAGAACAUGUAG